ACCACUCUCGUAGGCUGUUCGCCAGGGAACGGAAGCAUGGCGCGCGAGCUGCGAGCUGUGUUGCUGUGGGGCCGCGGGCUGCAGACUGCACUGCGGGCCCCCGCGCUGGCUGGAGUCCGGCGAGGAAAGCCAGUUCUGCACCUUCAGAAGACUACAGUCCAGUUUAGGGGACCCACACAAAGCCUGGCUUCAGGGAUCUCUGCAGGACAGUUGUACAGCACACAGGCAGCCGAGGACAAGGAGGAGAGCCUGCACUCCAUCAUCAGCAACACUGAGGCAGUGCAGGGUUCUGUCUCCAAACAUGAGUUCCAGGCAGAGACAAAGAAACUUUUGGACAUCGUAGCCCGUUCCCUGUACUCAGAAAAAGAGGUGUUCAUACGAGAGCUCAUCUCCAACGCCAGCGAUGCCUUGGAGAAACUGCGGCACAAGCUGGUGUGUGAAGGCCAGGUGCUGCCAGAAAUGGAGAUUCACCUUCAGACAGAUGCCGAGAAGGGCACCAUCACCAUUCAGGACACUGGCAUUGGGAUGACACAGGAGGAGCUGGUGUCCAAUCUUGGCACAAUCGCCAGAUCGGGGUCAAAGGCCUUCCUGGAAGCACUGCAGAACCAGGCAGAGACCAGCAGCAAGAUCAUUGGCCAGUUUGGAGUGGGUUUCUAUUCAGCCUUCAUGGUAGCUGACAAAGUUGAAGUCUAUUCUCGCUCAGCAGCUCCAGAGAGCCCAGGUUACCAGUGGCUUUCAGAUGGUUCUGGAGUGUUUGAAAUUGCUGAAGCUUCAGGAGUUAGACCUGGGACCAAAAUAAUCAUCCACCUCAAGUCAGACUGUAAAGAGUUCGCCAGCGAGUCCCGCGUACAAGAUGUGGUAACAAAAUACAGUAACUUUGUCAGCUUCCCCUUGUACCUCAAUGGAAGGCGAAUGAACACUCUGCAGGCCAUCUGGAUGAUGGACCCAAAGGACAUCAGUGAAUUUCAGCAUGAGGAAUUCUACCGUUAUAUCGCUCAGGCUUAUGAUAAGCCCCGCUUCACUUUGCACUACAAGACGGACGCACCACUCAACAUCCGCAGCAUCUUCUAUGUGCCAGAGAUGAAACCAUCCAUGUUUGAUGUGAGCAGGGAACUGGGCUCCAGCGUGGCACUCUAUAGCCGUAAGGUCCUCAUCCAGACUAAGGCUACGGACAUCCUGCCCAAGUGGCUGCGCUUCAUUCGAGGUGUGGUGGACAGUGAGGACAUCCCCCUGAACCUCAGCAGAGAGCUCCUGCAGGAGAGUGCGCUCAUCCGGAAACUCCGGGAUGUUCUACAACAGAGAUUGAUCAAGUUCUUCAUUGACCAGAGUAAAAAAGAUGCUGAAAAAUAUGCAAAGUUUUUUGAAGAUUAUGGCUUGUUCAUGAGGGAAGGCAUUGUGACCACUGCAGAGCAAAACAUCAAGGAGGAUAUUGCCAAGUUGCUACGGUAUGAGUCCUCAGCCCUGCCUGCUGGGCAGCUGACCAGCUUAUCAGACUAUGCCAGUCGAAUGCAGGCUGGCACCCGCAACAUCUAUUACCUGUGUGCCCCUAACCGUCACCUGGCUGAACAUUCUCCCUAUUAUGAAGCCAUGAAGCAGAAACAUACUGAGGUGCUCUUCUGCUACGAGCAGUUCGACGAGCUUACUCUGCUGCACCUGAGGGAGUUCGACAAGAAGAAGCUGAUCUCUGUGGAAACGGACAUCGUCGUUGACCACUACAAGGAGGAAAAGUUUGAGGACACAUCUCCAGCUGGUGAGCGCCUCUCAGAGAAGGAAACAGAAGAUCUAAUGGCAUGGAUGAGAAAUGCACUGGGGUCCCGUGUCACCAAUGUGAAGGUGACUUUCCGCCUAGACACCCACCCUGCCAUGGUGACCGUGCUGGAGAUGGGGGCUGCUCGGCAUUUCUUGCGCAUGCAGCAGCUGGCCAAGACCCAGGAGGAACGUGCUCAGCUGCUACAGCCCACACUGGAGAUCAACCCCAGGCACACACUGAUAAAGAAGCUCUCCCAGCUGAGGGAGAGUGAGCCGGAGCUGGCCCAGCUGCUCGUGGAUCAGAUCUAUGAGAACGCCAUGAUAGCAGCAGGACUGGUUGAUGACCCCCGGGCCAUGGUCAGCCGCCUGAACGACCUUUUGGUCAAGGUCCUGGAGAAACACUGACAUUCAAGACACUGGAUUUAGUGUCAACCCAGGUCUUCUCGGGUGAUAAUGGACCUGCCUGGGGAGGCAAGACUUAGUACACGGACAGUGCCACCAACUGCUUGAGCUCAGCUUUAUUUACUUCAAUUAAACAGUAUUUCUUAGUC